AUGCCUACCUCCCGCCCCAAAGCUAUUCUCGAUGAUGACCUCCCUCCAAAGGAGACUCUGCUCCACCUAAGCAUUGGCCGCAUCCACUUCCAGAUCGACUGGUUAAGCUGGUGUUUCAAGGCACUGGCCUUUUCCGCCCUGGCUGUCUACCUUUUCUCUGCCUGGUGGUUGUUUAGCCCUUGGUCUCCCGCAUGGUCUUCUCAGAACACUAUGAUCCCAGGCGUAGGUCACGAAGCGUUAGAGGAGUAUUUUCAUACCUUCUCUGGCAACACUGAAUGUGGCAUCGGCCUCGCAGAUCUCUAUGUUCCUCCUCAGAAAGAUGACAACGGCAAGUAUGCUCGCGGUGCAUUCUGCCCGAACCGUGAGAAACUGCUCGAGGCCAUGACCGGAGGGGGCAGACAUGGCUUUGAUGCCCCAUACUACCCCAAAGGCUGCCACUACCGCUGGUACAGCGUGGCCGAGAUCUGCAUGAUCCUCGAGCGAUUCGACUCCCUCGUCUUCAUCGGCGACGACACCCUCCAGCCCAUCUACAGCGGCCUCAACAUGCUCCUCCGGCAGGACCUUGCCCUGGGCUCUCUGGAUCCCUCCUCCGAGCUUAGCCCCUCAGAGCUAUCCACAACCUGCCGCUGCGACAACCAGUUCAUCAAAGACACCUGCGCCAAACACGCCCUCACAUCCAGCGAUCAAGUGGCCCUAAGCAGCAACAACAACAACCAAAACCAAAACCCAUACCUCUGCUCCCGCACCCCACACGCCUUCCUCUCCAUCUCCGGCUCCCCCUUCGAUCUCUCAACCCUCAAAUCCCUCCGCGCUCGGAUCCCGCGCGCCCCAGCCUCAAACUACCACCCCAUCCCCAUAAUCACCUCCCUAACCCCACCCAGCACCGGCAACGACAACGCACCAUCCGCCACUCUGGCAACGCAAACCCUCUCCGCCCUCCUCAGCUUCGCCGACGCCACCGCUCGCAAGACGCCCAUCCUCUGGCUCAACCCGCCUGCAACGGGCCACCUCGACAUCAGCGGCAGCGGCAAACAGCGGAACGGGAACAACAACAACAACUACAACAGCAAUAACGAUCUCUGGAUGUUCAGUGAGGAAAUGCAGCGGGUAGCCAGGGAAAAGGACGUAGAGGUGCUGGGGUUGUGGAAUAUGACGGUGCAGGCGAGCAGCUGGGAUGGGAGGCGGUUUGGGAGUUCGGUGGCGCUGGUGCAGGCUAUGAUGGUGCUUAAUUGGCUGAGCCGGUUGGAGAGUUCGUGA